GGCUCGCUUUGAAUUUUGAGGCGGGAUCCAUCCCUUUUGAAAUUGGUGUCUCUCCACUAAUCGGAACUCUUAACUCUUAAUUGGAUGAUAGGAAAAAGGGGAAAUGGCUCAAGAGGCAAGGCUGAAUCUGCGUAUGCAAAGAGAGCUUAAGCUCCUUCUCACAGAUCCACCUCCAGGCGCUUCUUUCCCUUCUCUUACUUCUUCUUCCUCUCUUUCUUCCAUUCACGCCCAAAUUGAAGGCCCUCAAGCAACUGUCUAUGCUAAUGGACUCUUUAACCUCAAAAUUCACAUACCUCAAAGGUACCCGUUUCAGCCCCCCAUUGUCACUUUCGUAACCCCCAUUUAUCAUCCUAAUAUUGAUAAUGCUGGCCGUAUUUGCUUGGAUAUUCUCAAUCUUCCUCCUAAGGGAGCAUGGCAGCCAUCUUUGAACAUUUCAACCGUCUUAACAAGUAUAGGUUUGUUAUUAAGUGAACCAAAUCCUGAUGAUGGGUUAAUGCAUGACGCGAGCACGGAGUACAAAUAUAAUAGACAAGCAUUUGACCACAAGGCAAGAUCAAUGACUCAAAAGUACGCCACGGCUGGAGCAAGUGAUUUUGGUGGUCAUGACCAAGAAAUCCAAACUCUUACAAAUGCAAGAGAAGGAAUUGUUGAAGCCAAAGAAUUAGAUUUACCAAAAUCCGAGUCUGAGGUACCUGAUCUUUUUGUAAACCAGAAGGGAUUAUGUGGACUCAGCAGAAAGUUGUCGCUAGACUCUGCGGGACGUGCACAAAGACAGAAUGGUGAGACUGCGAGUGAAGUGCCAAUUGAUCAUAUCUUAAAUAAGCAGAUGGAAGUUAGCAAACAAGCUCCCAUCGAGUACGACUUGAAUCAGGAUAAAGUACAACAGAGCACCAAGAAACUGUCUUUAGAAAUUGUGAGUCCAUCUAAAGUUAGAAAUGGUGAGAAGAAGGAUUAUACGUCACAAAGUCAAUGUUCUACCAGUAUGCAAUCCCAAAGUAUUUUUCUGAAUUAUGCCGAUAUACAGCCCUUGCCACAGGCUGUAAGAAAUUCAGGGGAAACUGCUAAUCCAAAUGAUAGUGACAUGAGAAAUGUUAGCAUAAAUCCGAGUAGAAAGAAGCUGUUGCUAAACUCAAAUGAUUUCAGCCAAAAACAUGAGGAUAUUGAGAAAUUGCAGAUCAAGCCUCAGCUUUCACUCCAACUUCAGUCCACUGCAUCAUGUCCAUCUCUUUCUUUGUCAGGGACCCACCCUGGUCAUGACAAUAAGCAACCUCAUAAAAAGGCUUCUGAUCAAGGUGGAAAUGGUUUAUCCACAAGGCAUAAGAAGCUGGGUUUAACUGGCAGGAGACAUCCAUUUGGCACAUCCAGUUCAUCUCCACGUCAGCACAAGGGUGACAAAGAGAAUUUAGCUCCAUCUCAUAACCUACCCGUUUCAGACUCUGAUGCAUGCACUGAUUCAGCGCCCAGUUUAUGUUUUACUUCACAAAUUGGUGAUACUUGUGAUGCAUGGACAAGGAACUCAUCUAAUCCAUGUGGGACUUCCAAGAAGCUGCCACUACAAGCUGUAGAGCACUUUGGAGAGGGUAAAGACAAUAGCUUUCAGUUGACCUCUCAUUCCGCAGCUCAAGUUAAUCAUCCCCUUUCAUGUGAGGACUUAUGUGAUCAUAAGCAGCCCAACCAAGAUGAGGAUGCAAACUUUAACAAGAACAUGAAGCAACAGGAAAAAGAAUCUCCAAAAUGUGAAGCAGUGAUUGUAUUGGACAGUGAGGAUAGUGAAGAUGAAAAGAGUCUUCCUAAAAGGUCCAAGUUGUCGCUAGCGCGAAGACAUGUGUCAGGUAAGCGAAAGGCUUAAUUGUGGAUUUGAAUUUUCCUGUUGGAAGUAUUAUGCUGUGGACAUAGUAAACUUGUAUACUAUUAUAUUUCACGACUACUCUUUCAGUUCUCUUGCUCUUCUCCGUUGGGUGUUCUAAUUUCAGGUUUGCUUUUCUUCCAA